ACAGAGAGCUGCCUGUGUUUUGCUUUGAGAAAGUGACCAGCAAGCAGACUCCAGAAGGCAGACUCCAGCACGUUUCCCCCCACACUUGUAACCAGAACUGGAGGUGGGAGUGAAGGCCUCAGGCUCUCGCCCUGUAAGGUAAAGUCCCGGUCUGGGGGGAGGAGGUUGAGCAGGGCAGGGCACUGAUUGCAGCUCAUACAUUAUUCAGAUGAAGAAAGAAAAGUUUCUGCCCAGAGACGCCUCUCCCUGUCCUGUGAGUUGACAUUUUCUUACUUUGUUGGGGACAUCCAGCAGAUCCUCAAGUCCCAGCAGAAGAACUAGAGGCCAGCUUGGCCAUUUUAGGUUAGUGAAGGCUGAUUCAGGUCCCUGGGAAGAGACCUCACAAUGCUUCUUUACUUUACUGGAACUUUCAACACAUUCUAACUGUCCCGGCUGAAAGUUCUCUAGGAUCUGUGAUUUUCCCAUCUCCUUACUUUAGGAAAUCUAGGCCGCCCCUUCCUCUCCGGUGUGUCAGAACUGUGGAAGUUCCAGGAAUCGACAUCGUCUCUCAGAGUUGGACAUUGUUGUUGUCGUCGGUUCUGCCAGGAUGAACCAGAAUCCAGGUCUCCCUCCACCGGGACAGCAAGUCAUCCAUGUCACCCAGGACCUGGACUCGGACUUGGAGAACCUCUUCAACUCCGUCAUGAACCCGAAGCCCAACUCUUGGAGGAAGAAGAUCUUGCCGGAGUCGUUUUUCCAGCAGCCGGAUUCAGGGUCCCACUCCAGGCAGUCUAGCACGGACUCCGGUAGCCAUCCCCCCAGGUUGGGGAUUCAGCAUGUCCGAUCCCAUUCGUCUCCGGCUUCCUUGCAGCUAGGUGCUGGUCUUGGGACAAUUUCCAGUCCAACUCAGCAGCACGCUCACUUGCGCCAGCAGUCCUACGAUGUGACAGAUGAACUGCCCCUGCCACCCGGCUGGGAGAUGGCAUUCACCCCCACCGGCCAGAGGUAUUUCCUCAAUCAUAUGGAAAAAAUUACAACAUGGCAAGACCCCCGGAAGACCAUGACGCAACCAAUGGCACAUAUGAACCACCUUCCUGUUACCACCUCCACCCCAAUAAGCCAGAGAUCACUGGCGAUGUCCCAACCCAACCUUGUAAUGAAUCACCAGCAUCAGCAACAGAUGACUUCUAGCCCAGCCAUGUCCCAACAGACUCACCCCUCCCAAAGUCUUCAAGCAGCAUUGAUCAAUCUGCCCAAUGCCCUCACUGCCCAGCAGCAGCAGCAACAGAAGCUUAGACUUCAGAGGAUCCAGAUGGAAAGAGAACGGAUCAGAAUGCGACAAGAAGAGCUGAUGAGACAGAGCCGAGAACCCCGGGCAGAAGGCUAUGCAUUAGGAUGCAUUAAGGAAGCUGCACUGUGUCGACAACUUCCCAUGGAGUCUGAGCCCCAUGCGCCCGUUCAGACCACAGUGAAUCCUCCAACCAUGACUCAGGAUAUCAGAUCCAUAGCAAACAAUGGCUCUGACCCUUUCCUGAACAGUGGACCAUACCACUCUAGAGAACAAAGCACAGACAGUGGCCUUGGCCUUGGAUGCUAUAGUAUACCAACUACACCUGAAGAUUUUCUCAGUAAUAUGGAGGAAAUGGACACAGGUGAAAUUCUUGGUCAGCCAGCCUUGAAUCUGAACCCCCAAACACGUUUCCCAGAUUUCCUUGAUGCUCUUCCGGGUACAAAUGUUGACCUUGGGACACUGGAAUCUGAAGAUUUGAUCCCAAGUUUAAAUGAUGUGGAGUGUGUGCUAAACAAAAAUGACACCUACCUCACCUGGCUGUAGAUUGCUGAUGCCCAGACUGCCCUGUGUUGUGUCUCCAGUAACCUAGCUUUAUUGUAUUUCUUAUACGGAAACGUACGAUGAGCCUCAGAAACAUUUUAUAUUCAUGUGUUGCCAUACUGACUCAUCUGCAUUAAUAGAGCUAAACCAGUCAUUUCCUGAAUUCCUAUAUAUAUAUACAUUUAUCAAAAUGCAUAUUUUAUUUUUCCAUAUUGUAUCACCUUGCCAGAUCGGCCAUUGUGUACAGAUCUGUGGUAUACCAAGGUGAGGCCAUUUACAGGUCACAUUUCUUGUAGUUAGAUCUGUUAAAGACUUUGUAGAAAUGUUGCUUUGAGGACCCUAGCUUUUAAUUGUAAGCAGAGAAUCAAAUACAACUGUAUACACCUUAUUUAUAACCUUAGAGCCUAACACAUGUAAUCUUGUUAAUAUAAGCUUUUGAAAUCAUUGUCAUAUUAGAAAAUUUGUGCUGGAAAUCGAGUAACGAGUAGUUUUUUUUUUUGUUUUAAGUCAAGCUACCUAGAAUGUUCUCAUUUGUUUGUACUUUUUUCUCCCUUUUUAUUUUUAUUUUGCAUAAGCACAAAUACUAUACAAGUCUAGAGAUGUUCAGUAUAUUACUGUAUAGAUUUUAGGAAAAAUAUAAAAAUGCUUCCAACUGAGUAGCAUCAAGUUCAAUAAUCGUUCAACACUACAAUAUUGUAACAUUGACCAGUUUGGUACUAACUACCACUUUUUUUUUUUUUUUUAAAUGAUGUGAUUUUUUUACUGGUAUUUUUUAAUGCAUUAUCAAUGUUAUUGUUUAUUUUAUUAAGCACUAUUUUUUUUAACUAACUGUAACUGAUAAUUUCAGUCUUUUUUUUAUAACAUAAAAUAAUGGUAUCUCUGACAUUAUCAAAGGGAGAUUUUGAAUAAGAAACUGAAUAUUGCCAUACGUGGGUUACAAAAAUUGGAGGUAUUUUACAAGGUAAACUAUCAGUAUAUAUCUGAUGUAUAUUGGAACCCACUUAAACUUUUUUUUUUUGUCUUUGAUUUUUGUAAAGUAAAGAAGAACAUAUAUACUAUCUUUUCUGACUUGCCAUUCCAAUGGUGAUAUAAUAAUCUUUAGCCACUGUUGGAGUGCAGGGUCUGUCUACAGUAUAUCCUAUACUACAUUGGAAUUGUGGGACUGAAUACGCAUUGAAGGCAUCAGUUAAUCAGCUUAGUCGUAAAUGCAGAUGACGUCCUAAAAUCCAUGAAAGAUUUUUUUGAAGCAAUAUAAUAUUUAUAUCAAAAGACUAAGCUUUAUUUUAUAACUCUUUUGAGUAAACAGAAUUUUUUAAAGGCAUUAUUGAUAUAAAUCUCUUGGUGUAACUUUUUUAAUCCACAAGAGAUAUUCUUUGCACUUACUUUGGGUAUAUGGACUUUCAUCCCUCUGUAGGGUCUUGCAGUUUGCCUGUUUGUUUGGCAGGAUAAGCCUUCUGUUUUCCUUUGGGCAGAUGAAGAAUAAUACAAACCCUAGAAGUGCAAUGGCUAGAAUCUGGAGGACUUGGAGAAGGCUAUAGUGAUAUGGGUGCUGGAUGAUACAAAGAUAGAGGAAUAGUAACUACUAUUGACAUUUAUUGGCAUACUUUUUUUUUUUGUCUGUACAGUGAACUUCCUUACUGUAAUAAAAUUAUAACUUGAUUUGCAUUAUUUUAUGAGCAACACAAAGGAAGGCCCUAAAAAAAAUCUAGUAGUAGUGCUUUACCACAAACACAACGAAAGCAAUUAUUUUAUUGGCUAGGAAAAAUAUAUGUUUACACAACUGAAAUUAGGUAUGAACACCAAUCUGUUUUAAUGUUUAUGUUUAAGCCAAGAAAGAUGUCUUCCUUCACUACAUGUAGGUCUUGCCUCGCUCAUCACCACAUACACUAAAACCUAAUAUUUGUUGACAGUCCAUAAUUGCUAAUGGAUACUAGGUUCUUAGUUAGAAGAGUAGGAUGUAUAAUCGAACAAUGGAUAUAUUGUUAGGCACUGUGUAACACACAGUGUUGCUGAAUGUUCCUCCGCAAUCAUAUGUCGAUCUGCAAGAUUUGGGAGAUGUAUAGAAGGAAUGGGGUUGGUCCUGGGAAGCAAAUUAAAAUAAUAAAAUAAAAACAUUAAUCCAAGGAUUUAUUUUCUUGGAGCUUUAACAGGGAUUGGGUGGGCCACAUGAACACUUUAUUUCCUACAUCAAUGCAAUUUGUACAGGGAGUAUCCUAGUUCAAGCAGGUAGUAUAGUAUAACUGAAAAAAUGUAUUUCAGUUACUUACCAUGUAUUGUUAGAACUAAAGCAGUGUUUCAAAAUAAACUAGUGGUAGUUUUGAAGGUGAUUAACUCCAUAUCACAUAGAUUGAAAAGGUUUUUUCUUAAUACAAACCAGCGCGUAGAUUUAGUAUUAAGAUUAUGGAAUAGUUUAAACGGUUGUUUUUGGAAGGUGGGGUGCAAGUCAUAAACUAGCAGAGGAAAUACUAUGUUGGCUUAGAAAAAUAAAUCGGUCAUCUAGGUUGACAUGGUCAUAGUUGUUAUAAGCCUUUUGUAUUCAAUAUUUGCUACUUAAUUUUCUAACUUAUCGUUUGUUUCUUUAUUUGAUUCCUGCCAGGAUGUAGAGUUUUUACAGCAUGCUGCAUGUAGUUUAAGCAGUAUAGAUUUAGGAGGUUGAAAUUGAUAGGAAAGUUACUGAGGUCUAUACCGAUGAAUUACGCGGGAGCUGAAGCAUUUAUAGUCGUGCAAUAUGAGAUGUCUGAAAAUAAGUCUGAGAUCAUUUACAGUAUGCUUGGCUCAGCUUUAAAUGCAGUCCAAUCUGCUUCCUGCUGUACACCAAAAGCAGGAGAGAUGGUUCUGUCUUGACUACAACUGAGAACAGAUCAACACACAAGUCAAACAGCAACCAAGGAAAUGCCACACUGCAUCAAUGUAAUCAGGGGUGAAAAGUAAUAGCAACUUAUGUACCACUGAUUGCACCACUUUAUCUUCAGUGAUGGUAUUAUAUAAGGUCAACAUAAAUACUCAACAAUCACUUGGCUUUAUUUUGUAAUGCUAAUGAAGCACUCUCAAACAAAAGUUCUUAGGGCAUUUUUGUAGAUCAUUGACUGCUCAGUGGAGGAUAUGGGGAAGUAGUAGCAGAUACAUGCAUUAGUAAUGUACUAGGAUAUGUACAAACCACUUUGCAUUUCAUCAUUUACAGCAGGGGUCUCCAAACUUUCUAAACAAAGGGCCAGUUUACUGCCCUUUAGACCUUAGAGUUGCAGGACUGUGGCCUGUGGAAGUAGAAAAUGCAAUAUACA